AUGGUGGCGUCACUAAAGCUCGCAGGACCACGAUUCCGAGUGCGGGAGGCAACGAAGAACGAUGUAUCUGAUAUGACGGAGGUAUUCUUCAGAUCGUUCAACGCCAAGUUCUGGCAAUAUUUCCUCCCGGACAACCCGGGAGGCCGCAAGUUCUGGGACGAAAGCUGGGCCAUGGGCAUCGACAACCCUACUGAUCGAUCAUUCGUAGUAGAAGACACGCAAAACGACAACAAGAUUGUGGCCUUCAGCCGAUGGAUGGUGCCGCAGAACGAUGGCAACCUGGAGCGUCCUUGGCCCGACGUGCCACCCGGAAUGGACAUGGAGGUCGCAGGUGCCUUUUUCGGUGGUAUGGAGGUGAACAGGCACGAGAUGUUGGGCAAAAGACCGCAUUGGUGUAAGCAGUUGUGUCAACGAGCAAAGAUAGCAGCACUGAUGACCAACACAGUCCUCGAAAUGCUUGGCGUGCACGAGGAUUACCAGAAACAUGGUAUUGGUGCUGUUUUGAUCAAGUACGGCACCGAUCAAGCCGACAAAGACGGUCUGGAGACAUACCUGGAUGCUAGUGAGAUUGGCCAACCAUACUACAAGAAACGGCACAACUUUGCGCAUCCCAAAGGCAUCAAUAUCCCAGAUCGACCCGAAUACGGCUCCUUCUACUACGAGAGCCUCAUCAGGGACCCACAAGCAGCUGCGAAGUAG